AUGGAGUCAAAACAGUCGGGAUAUUCAGCUCAGGACACGAGAAAUUAUAGAGGACCUGCCAAGUCAAAUAUGGAAAAUUCCUAUGGCCCUGGGCAGGCUUAUGGAAAUAAGCAAAAUCCAAGAACAAAUUUUGGGAAUUCCAGGAACUAUGAUCAGAAAAUAGAUGAUAUAGCCAUUUCAAAAAAUCUAUCGUAUAUCCUGAGGCACACAGCUGAAAAAAUGAAUGUUGCCAUGGAUUCAAAUGGAUAUGUUUAUGUGGAUGACCUCCUGAAGUUGGGUAGAUUUACUGGUGUAACUGCUAAUGAUAUCAAGAGAAUUGUGAAAGAAAAUGAUAAGCAAAGGUUCUCCUUGAUAACGGAAGACGGUACCCAGAAAUUGAAGGUUCGAGCUAACCAAGGCCAUUCUCUGAAGAUGGAAAGUUUGGAUCUGAACUUAUCUCCUAUUGAAGAUCCAGACAAAUUCCCCACUGUUUUGCAUGGUACUUACUAUGGUCACUGGGAAUCGAUUCGCAAAGAGGGUUUAAAAAGAAUGAAAAGAGUGCACAUCCAUUUUGCACCUGGUCUCCCUGGAGAAAAUUGCGUCAUCAGUGGCAUGCGCUCGACUUGUGAUGUACUUAUCUAUAUUGACCUGAAAAAAGCAAUGCAAGAUGGUUUAAAAUUUUUCUUGUCGGCUAACAAUGUCAUAUUGUGUAGCGGGAAUAAAGAUGGAAUUGUUGCUCCGAAAUAUUUCUCCAAAGUGAUUGAUCGUAAACACGGAAAUUGUUUACCUCUAGAUAAGGAAUCGGGCAGUCCAAAGAAAGUCUUGCCUGUUGGAAUGUCAGAAGAGGAUCUUGUCAAGAACCAACAGUCUAAGAAAAAAACAAAGAAAUCUAAAAAUGAUAGGGAUGUGGAAAAGAAUUCACUGGACAAGGAAGCUUGUAACCCAAAGAAAAAGAAAUUGUCAGCUGUAGAGGAAGAUAAUGCCAAGAACCCAGAUGCUCAGAAUUCAACAAGUAAGAAAAAGGCAAAGAAAUCUAAAAAAGAGAAGGAUACAGAUGUGAAUUCACCAGUUGAAGCAAAAACUGCUGGGAGCAACACAGAAGCAGCAAGCAAGACAAAGCCCCCUAAAAAUGGUAAAAAUCCAACUAAUGUGGCUGAAAAACCAGGAGAGAAAUCAUCAAAGAAUGCAACCAAAAAAAAUAAAAAUCAGGACAAGAAAUCUCCAGAUAAUGAAACUUCCAAUCCAAAGAAAAAGAAAACCUCUGUUGAAGACGAUGGUCUUGGCAAGAACCAAGAUUCUAAGAAAAAAUUAAAAGAAGUAAAAAAAGGUGAAGCAGAAAAGACUACAUCAGACAAGGAAGCUUGUAACCCAAAGAAAAAGAAAUUGUCAGCUGUAGAGGAAGAUAAUGCCAAGAACCCAGAUGCUCAGAAUUCGACAAGUAAGAAAAAGUCAAAGAAGUCUAAAAAAGAGAAGGGUGCAGACGCAAAUUCACCAGUUGAAGCAAAAACUGCUGGGAGCAACACGGAAGCAGCAAGCAAGACAAAGCCCCCCAAAAAUGCUAAAAAUCCAACUAAUGUGGCUGAAAAAUCAGGAGAGAAAUCUUCAAAGAAUGCAACCAAAAAAAAUAAAAAUCAGGACAAGAAAUCUCCAGAUUUAUCGAAAGAGGCAAAGGCUGGAAAGCAAAAGAUGGGAAAUAAAAAUGCCAAUCUCAAGAACAAUGGCAAGGUGGAGGCAUCAAAGCCACCUCCAAGUAUUAUUAUUAUUGAUAGUGCUAAGGAUGACCGAAUGAAUCUACUGAAAGAACGGCCAGUUCUUGGAGUUCAUGCCUUACAACAGCAGUCAUUGAACAUAAUAUAUGUCCUAAUAUCACUACCAGGCACCGUCUUUGUGUUUGAUCCAGUUGUUUCCAAGAAAUUUCUGAAGAUGUUGCUUGAAAAUAACAAAUGUCAAAAAGUUAUGAAUGACAGCAGUGUCGUCUUUGAAAUGUAUGAGCAGUUAGGAAUUGUGCUGCAUAAAGCCCCAAUAGCUGAUAUUCAGGUACUGCAUAAGUUGAGUGAGGAGCGAUCACUGCCAACCUUGGGUGAAAUUGUUGGUGAAGUCCUUGGAAAAUCUCCCACAGUUCCUUUUGAGCCAGCUUAUGAAAAGAUGGCAGAAAAAAUAAAAGGAAAGCCCAAGUAUGUGAUGAAAACAUUGGCCCAUGUCUCAGAGUUGGUGCCUCUUUUUGAGAAAUACAAGCAUCUUCUGAAUGGCAAUGCAAAGUCAACUAUUUUUGAGAAGUACAACAGCAAGUUUGACGAAGCUACAAGAGUUAAACUUACAGGGAAUACUGCCAUAAAGAAGCCUGGUUCUCAGUCAAGCUCUACCGAAGUCCAAAAAAAGGGCAAGAAAAGUAACAAACAAUAA